CGAUUAGAUGGAUAAGUUUCUUGAAAAAACCCAUUGUAAUCAAUACAAUGAAUGAUCUCAGUAAUAAGGAACUCUUAAAGAUUACACAAUAAACUGCAAUACAAUUAAAUUUCAGUGAAUGUAGUUGAUAGAAAUAUUUUAACAACAAGAUACAAAAUCCUAUAAAAUUUGAUAUGAUGUAUAAUUAUAAAUAACAAUUCAAAUUAUUCAUUGUUAAUUUGGUCUUAUUAUACAUUCUUGAGAUAAAUAAAAGUUAUCUUACCGUAAAAAUUAGUUUAUUUGACUUUGCAUUGAAAACACUAAUCAUUUAAAAUUAUUAAUAUUAUUAAUUCAAUUAAAGUACAAUAGACACGAGCUUUUACUUCAUAUAAAUUUUAUAAUGAAUAAUUUCAUUGCAUUUGGAUUACCAUUUUAUGGUUGCGGAACAGUUGUCAAAGGUUUUGGGCGAGGUUCUAAAGACUUAGGAAUACCUACAGCGAACUUAUGUAAAGAAGUAAUAGAUCAGUUACCAGAACAAAUGAUACCUGGAGUUUACUUUGGCUGGGCUCAAGUUGAUAAAUCACCUGUAUAUAAAAUGGUUAUGAGUAUUGGAUGGAACCCAUUUUUCAAAAAUAAAGAAAAAUCUAUGGAAAUUCAUAUUUUAAAUAAAUUUGAAGAAGACUUUUAUGGUUCUAAACUAAAAGUAAUAGUUACUGGUUAUAUUAGGCAAGAAUUGGAUUUUAGUUCUAUGAGCUUAUUCAGACAAUAAAUUCGGAUAUUGAUAUUGCUAAAACAAAAUUAGAUGAUUCUACAAAUCAAUCAUACAGCAAUGAUAAAUUUUUUGGUUUACACUAGAUAGUAUAUAUAUAUAUAGAAUGUUCAGUAAGUAAGGAAAUAGGUCAAUUGUUACAAACAAUUAGAACAUUACAAACCCGUUUCCUAAUUUACUGAACAUUAUAAUUAUUUAAAGUUAUAUUUUGUAUACUUAUUUAUGCAUUAACCCAAAUCAAUUUUAGAAAAAUUAAAUAGUUGUAAUUUUUAUAUCUAAUAUAUUUGAACAACUGUUUGCUUUGCUACUUACAGUUAAAAUAAUUUUUAGUAAAAACCAGUUGUUUCAUUAAAUGAUUAUAGUUAUUUAUUAAUUUACAAAAUAUAAAUUUUUUUUACCAAUUUUAUU